AAUUUUUACAUAUUUAAAAGAUAAAUAAAUAUAUAAAUAUAUAUAUUAAAAAAAUUAAUAAAUAAAUGCAUAAAAUAAUCUAUUUAUAUUUUAGAUGGGGAUUAGAUUUAAUCCAACUAAAGAUUUUAGAAAAUGAAUAUGGAAUGUUAUUUAAACAAACUAGUAAAGAAAAUAAAAAUGUUUUAAUAGAUGCAGAAGGAAAUUGUUUUGUAAUGCCAAUCAAAAUGGGAAAUAAACCACCAAGAUGGUUCACAAUCAAUUAUUUAGAGCAUAGGACAUUUAAAUCUGUAGAAAUUAAUCAAUUAAAUCCAAACCAUUUUGAAGUUAUGCACAUUGGACAUGAAGAUUUAAACUCAAAACAAGAAAAUGAACAAGGUGGCAAAUUUAAAGAGAAUUCGUUACACAUUUGGAGAUCAAACGUAACCGAUUCGUCUUAUCAAGAGAUGUUUAUAGAAAAUUUCUUUUCAAAAACCUCAAAUGACUAUCAAAAACAAUUUAAUAUUAACUUUGGUAUUAUUGGUAAAGAAGAAUAAAUAUAUAUUUAGUACUGAGAAAUCAAUAAAUUUAAAUAAAAUAAUUAUUUUUUAAAUUUUUUU